AUGAAUUCGAUGGACGAUGAUAUGUUCGUGUUUAGUGACGAGGAGCUCCCGAUUUCGACUCCGAAAUGCAAUCCUAUAGAGGAGCAUUUGACGAGAGUGUCGUCGGACGUGCAAACCCGAAUCGAGAAAGCAACAAACGACAUCAAAGAUGUUCAGGAUAUGGCCAGACGUACUUUAGAAUCCUUGUACAAACAAGCUCGAUACGGAGAGGAUACAACUUCGGAUUCUGACAGUGACUUGUACACAAUAAAUGGACAACUGGUCGUGAAGAAGAAGAAAUACGAAGUUAGUAAGCUCCUUCAUGAAUUUUUGGUAAUAAACAGCAAUUGGAAAUAUGUUUUCAUUGAUAAAUGGAUUAUCGGAGUUGAGUUGAUCAACAGCUGUUCGAACAAGUAAGUACGUUGCUAACAAUCACAGAUAGAUGCUUGAUUCUCCAAGGAUUCUACGUAAAUUUUAAUCUAAUUAAAGAAACAACGAUGAUAAUAUGAUUGCAAUAGCAUUGAUAUUUUUAUAUUUAUACCUUGGAUAAUCUAACAAAUUGUCUAUCUCGUCUAUCCUGCUGUUUUCUUGAUUAAUUUCAAUCCGAUUAAUUGUUUUUUCUUAAAUAGUUUUGCCUUGUAAAAUAAUUAUUGUCGUUUUGUGCUUAUAAUUUGGGGAAUUAAAAUUCAUUGUAUCACUUUCGUCUCAUAUAAAUUUUACAAACAAUUCAAUUUUAUUCACAAGAAGUUUCUCGAUUAAUGAAAAAUUUGUAUUAGAUUUAAGUACAUACAAUGUAAUGUUUCAUGCUUUUAAAUGAGUCUUACAGACUAAAAGAAACUCUCAUAGACUCAAAUAAGUCUAUAAAAAGGCCAUCUUAUCGCAAAGGCGUAUAA